AUGAAUGGAGCAUAUAUGGCAAAUGGAUUAAUUCUUCUCAAUCUAUGUGGAGAUGUCCUCUACAUCAUCGAAUAAAGAUUGAGAGCACAAGGCAUUGAUAAGGAAAAAGGAUUGACUGUUUUGAAUGAUCUUGCCAUCAAAAUUUACACACACCCAAAUCUUUAAAAAAUGUUCACUCCAGCGAAAACAUUGUCAAACAAUGAGAUAUUUUAAUAGAUUGAUCAAGUCGUCCAUUGUUCAAUCAUGAAACUAAAUGAAGAUAGCUUAUCAAAAUUAUUUGAUUUGGUUAUAAUGACUUUGAAGUCAUAUCUAAUGAAAUCCAAUUCACCCUAUGAAAUUUAUCUGUGCACACUUAAACAUUUCGAUGUCAUACAAGACAUUGGAAUCAACGAUUAAGCUAUUCAAGCAGUUCUUUAAUGUAAAUAAACAUUUAUUGACAAAUACUCAAAAUUAUCAUCCUUUGAUUACUUGAUGAUCAGAGGAGAGAUCAUGAAAUUGUUGGGAGGCAAGUUUACUAGAGUACAAAUGUUUUUGAAUGACAAAUCCCAAAAUCAAGAUGGAACAUUUUAGUAGAGAUCCUAUGGAUUAUCAGGAUAUGGAGUUGAAUAACCAGGAUUAAUUAAAAUGGUUAAAAUUCCAGAAAAAUAUAAUGUUGUUUUGGCUGUGGCAUCUUAAUUUAAAGAAAAUCAAAGCACUAAUCCAUUUACAGGACAAUGUAGUCUGGGUGAAAAUAUAUUCUAGAAUAAGGAUUCUCAAUAAUAAAAUAAAUAAUAAUCUGCAUUGUCAUCGCAAAGCUCCCUUAAAUCAGAAGUGCUUGACUCUUAAUCAUCAAAAAUCUAAACUUAAUCAUUAAACCAUCUAGCUUAAUUGAUUCAAGCAAAACCAAUAAAUUAGCAAGAAGACAUUAAUCUCUUCUAUAAACCAACUGUUAUGAAAGCCAACAUUGAUAAUUAAUAAUAGCCAGUACUCAAUAAUCAAAAUCAGCCUCAACAACAAAGCCAAAUUUUGAAAUAAAAUAUUAUUUAAUAAUUUGACGAUCCCAAUUAUAAUAUAUAAUCCCAAAUAUUGUAAAACGAAUAGGAGGAAGAGGAUGAAGUGGAUUUACUUGCUUUAAUGGACAAAGCAGCUUAGAAAUGA